CCUGGGCCCGGGCUCUGGGCGACAGACAGGCCCUGCGUGGCGGGAGGAAGAGGAGCGAGGCCCGCAGGGAGGAGGCUGGACCUGGAGCAGAGGCGGCUGCCUCCCUCCCUCCCUCCCUCCCUCGAUCGCCGGCGCGGGGGACCCUCCCCGCAGAGAAGGACCCUGCCUGGGUCCCCGGGCCGGGACUGCCAGCCGGGAAGGGGUCCUCGGAGCCUACGUGGCGCCCCACGUCCCCUUGACUGAGGCCUCCGGGCCGUGGAGAGGGGCCCACAUCCUGCCGCCCCUCGGGAGACGAAGUUCCCCUCCAGCUCCCGGGCCCAGGAGGACUUGGGCCGCCCGUGUGGGGACCUGGCCCCAGAGGCAGCAGCGGCCAUGUCAAGGCCAGGCCAGGGCGUGAUGGUGCCCGGGAGCGGGCUGGGCUUCCCGCCGCAGAACGUGGCCCGGGUGGUGGUGUGGGAGUGGCUGAACGAGCACAGCCGCUGGCGGCCCUACACGGCCACCGUGUGCCACCACAUCGAGAACGUGCUCAAGGAGGACGCCCGCGGCUCCGUGGUCCUGGGCCAGGUGGACGCCCAGCUGGUGCCCUACAUCAUCGACCUGCAGUCCAUGCACCAGUUCCGCCAGGACACAGGCACCAUGCGACCUGUGCGGCGAAACUUCUACGACCCGUCAUCAGCGCCAGGCAAGGGCAUCGUGUGGGAGUGGGAGAACGACGGCGGCGCGUGGACGGCCUACGACAUGGACAUCUGUAUCACCAUCCAGAACGCCUACGAGAAGCAGCACCCGUGGCUCGACCUCUCGUCGCUCGGCUUCUGCUACCUCAUCUACUUCAACAGCAUGUCGCAGAUGAACCGCCAGACGCGCCGCCGCCGUCGCCUGCGCCGCCGCCUGGACCUGGCCUACCCGCUCACCGUGGGCUCCAUCCCCAAGUCGCAGUCGUGGCCCGUGGGUGCCAGCUCGGGCCAGCCCUGCUCCUGCCAGCAGUGCCUGCUGGUCAACAGCACGCGCGCCGCCUCCAACGCCAUCCUGGCCUCGCAGCGCCGCAAGGCGCCCUCCGCGCCCUCCGCGCCCCCCGCGCCCCCGCCACCACCGCCCGGAGGGCCACCUGGCACGCUCGCCGUGCGCCCCAGCGCCACCUUCGCGGGCGCCGCGCUCUGGGCCGCUCCCGCCACCGGCCCCGCGGAACCCACGCCGCCCCCCGGGGUGCCCCCGAGGAGCCCGAGCGCCCCCAGCGGCGCGCCCACCCCCGGGCAGAACAACCUCAACCGGCCAGGGCCCCAGCGCACCACCAGCGUGAGCGCGCGCGCCUCCAUCCCACCCGGUGUCCCCGCGCUCCCGGUGAAGAACUUGAAUGGUACCGGACCGGUCCAUCCGGCCCUGGCAGGGAUGACAGGGAUCCUGCUGUGUGCGGCGGGGCUGCCAGUGUGCCUGACGCGGGCUCCCAAGCCCAUCCUGCACCCGCCGCCGGUCAGCAAGAGCGAUGUCAAGCCCGUGCCCGGCGUGCCCGGAGUGUGCCGCAAGACCAAGAAGAAGCACCUUAAGAAGAGUAAGAACCCCGAGGAUGUGGUUCGAAGGUACAUGCAGAAGGUGAAAAACCCACCUGAUGAGGAUUGCACCAUCUGCAUGGAACGGCUUGUCACCGCGUCUGGCUACGAGGGUGUGCUGCGGCACAAGGGUGUGCGGCCGGAGCUCGUGGGCCGCCUGGGCCGCUGCGGCCACAUGUACCACCUGCUGUGCCUCGUGGCCAUGUACUCCAACGGCAACAAGGAUGGCAGCCUGCAGUGCCCCACCUGCAAAGCCAUCUAUGGGGAGAAGACAGGGACCCAGCCACCUGGGAAGAUGGAGUUCCACCUCAUUCCCCACUCGCUGCCCGGCUUUGCCGACACCCAGACCAUCCGAAUCGUCUACGACAUUCCCACGGGCAUUCAGGGCCCUGAGCACCCCAAUCCGGGGAAGAAGUUCACCGCCAGAGGAUUCCCGCGCCACUGCUAUCUGCCCAACAACGAGAAGGGCCGGAAGGUGCUGAGACUGCUCAUCACCGCCUGGGAGAGGAGGCUCAUCUUCACCAUUGGCACGUCCAACACCACGGGCGAGUCAGACACCGUGGUGUGGAACGAGAUCCAUCACAAGACAGAGUUCGGCUCCAACCUCACCGGCCACGGCUACCCAGACGCCAGCUACCUAGACAAUGUGCUGGCCGAGCUCACCGCGCAGGGGGUGUCCGAGGCUGCUGCCAAGGCCUGAGGCCCAGCCUGCCCACCCUCCCUCCUGCUUUGCCCUGGCGGCUCACGCCUAGCUCAGCCAGGUGUGCCCUGGUGGCCCAUGUUCGGGGCUGGGGCAGGAGCCCGCAGGUGGAGCCCGACUUGGCUAGUGGCAACUGGGAUGAUGGGAAGAGGACAGGCCACGGGGCUCCCACCAUAGCUCGCAGAACAGGCUGCAGAAAGAGUACCGGCAACCGCAGCGACCUCCCUACCAAAAAGACAGCGACCCUCCCCUCACGCCAACACACGUGUCCUGUUGAACACAUGCACGCACACCCACGUGCCUCCACUUGCCCCCAAACUGGGGGAGAAGAGACAGAAAGAUCCCAUGAUACCCCGUGUGUGUCCCACGUCUGUCCCUGUGGCUUCUGUACCGCUUGUCUGCACAGAGGACCCAUGGCAGGCAUGAAGGGGCCUGCUGGGGCUCCCAGGACACGGGAGUCCACCCCUGGGCCUCACCCACCCUGUAUCAUCACCGUCUCUGCCCACCACGGGCUGCGCACUGAGUCCCGGGGAGGAAGGCCCCAGGUGACCAAUCCUACAGAGGGCUGGGCCACAGCAACCCGGGGCAAGGGACAUCUUAUUUUGUGCUCCUGUCUGUCUCUUCUUCCUUCUGGGACCCUGAACCCCGCCUCCUGUCCCAUCUCCAGCCUUAUGUCUGUCCCAGAUGAAAGCUCUUCUUUCCUCCCACCCCAUCUCCUGGCCAGAUGGCGCCCAUCUUUGAGACCCAAAGGCUGUAGCUUCUGGCUCGAGGAGCGAAAGGAGGCCUUGAUCAGGCCAGCGCCUCGACGAGGGACAGCGGACAGCAAAGAGUUACUUUCCCUCUCCUCGGGAGCGGGCGGUGGGGUGGUUGAGAGUCUCCGGCCAACCAGGGGCCCGUUGCCCAGGCAACUCACCAGCUCCGCCUCUGUUGAUUGGCUGCCGCGGAGGACGUCAGCCAAGAUUUAAAGGGACGCCAGCGACUGCUCUUUUGAAAACCUACCCGUCCCACUGUGGGUGGAGAAAUAAAUGGUCUUUCUCCUCCUC